AUGACAUUAUGGUUUCGUGAUUGUCCUAAACCUAACAACAAUAUAAUGUGUAUUGACGUCACAGAAAAGAAAAAAGCAUGGAUAGCUGUUCAAGAUGACAUCUAUGAGCAACCAGUCAACAUGAUGGCACCCAAAAAAUCUCCACACGACAAGAAUUCAGUGCCUGAUUACGGGUACCGUGCCGAAGAGGAUACCUGGUCUCCAUAUGACAUGUCGAAGAUCGAAGCAUACCUGGACUCACAUAGGGAAGGAGAUACCGAACAUAACAGGAUCCGGCGAAGCCCUAAGAGGCGCCGCGGUUACAAUAAGCGACGCAACAAACCACUUGCGACUUCGGUAUCCGUUGAUGAUGAGGGAAAGAACGCGAGCACAACAGAAAUGCCGUCCCGACGCAGCAACAAGUGGGAGACGCAGCAGCAGAAGAAAAAGAAGAAGAAGUCUAGGAAAGAGAAGCCGAACUAUGACACGUAUGAGCCUCCUGUAAAGGAGUGGGAGUCCGGUUUCGUGGAGAUGCCGAAGGACCUCUACCAGGCUCACCUGCGUCCCGGCGUAAUCUUCCGCAUACAUAUGUCAGAAGCCAUACUCAAGAUGCAGUAUCGCAAUUACGGGGAAGACAAAGAUGAGUCCGUGAUAGAAGCGGACGUGGAAUAUUUGCGUCUCACGAGAAAAGUCAUCAAUGAUGAGAUCACCAAGUUUGAGGACCUCAAGUGGCUGAUUGGAUGGUUCAACAACCGCUCAGAACUGAUCCAGGAGCACAUGUGUAACACCAGAUACUAUACUGUUGGAAUUCCUCCAACAAUGUUCACCCACACGGAGGAGUACAUGAAGCGGAUGUGUCUAUUUGAUAACGUAUACAUCGACCACAUACCAUACGUGGUGGGCGAGGACAGCUCCCUGAUGGCGGCGGUGGCGCCCCCCGUGCUGCACUGCGACGCCGCCACCUGCACCUCCGUACCUUUCAUAGACAGCGUAAUGUUUGAUGAGCGACUAGCACGUACAAACGUCCGUACAGUGACUCGCUGUCAAGCCAGCUGCCGCGCACACUGUCGGAACGACGUCGACUGUCUCAAACGAUGCUCCGACCGCUGCCUAAGAUCGGACUGA